UCCCGCCGCCAUGCCUUCCCUUCCCACUCUGAACCGCCUGGGGAAACUCUGCGGAUCUGGACGCAGUCAGCAAGUGGAUCGCACUCGGAUCAAACGCACAAACUCCGUCAAACGCAUAUCUGUCAUAGAGGACGGACGUGUGGCAGAAGUGCUGUACCUCGUCCCGAAAGAGUCUGUGAUGCAACAGCUGCCGUUCAUCAACCCUGAAGAUUAUUACCUGACUGAGAGCCUAUCACCUGUGGCCCAUACACAGGAAGCUCACCACCAGACGGAGAAGCCUUUGAUACACUGUGCUAAAUGUGGGGAGGUGUGCAAGGGAGAGGUGUUACGAGUGCAGGCCAAACACUUCCACAUCAAGUGCUUCACAUGCAAAGUAUGUGGAUGCGAUCUGGCUCAGGGAGGAUUCUUCAUGAAGAAUGGAGAAUAUCUGUGCACUCUGGACUACCAGCGCAUCCACAGCACCCGCUGUAACAUCUGUGGAGAGUUUGUGGAAGGGGAGGUGGUGACUGCGCUUGGCAAGACCUACCACCCAACAUGUUUUGUGUGCACAAUCUGCAAGAGACGAUUUCCUGCUGGAGACAGAGUUACGUUCAAUGGCAAGGACUGUCUGUGUCAGUACUGCUCAGAGCCCAUGUCUCCAGGACCCACCAAAGAUGUUGUGGGACCCAGCAUUUGUGCGGGCUGUGGCAGAGAUAUUAAGAACGGUCAGGCUCUGUUGGCUCUAGAGAGUCAGUGGCAUUUGGGCUGUUUUAAAUGUAAGGCCUGUGCCAAAGUAUUGACUGGAGAAUACAUCAGCAAAGAUGGCGCCCCCUACUGUGAGCGCGAUUAUCAGGUCUUGUUUGGAGUGCAGUGUGAAGCAUGUCAGCAGUUCAUCACCGGGAAAGUCCUGGAGGCAGGGGGCAAGCACUACCACCCCAGCUGUGCUCGCUGUAGCAGGUGUAACCAGAUGUUUACUGAAGGAGAGGAGAUGUACCUGCAGGGAUCAACAGUUUGGCAUCCAAGCUGUAAACAUUCACCCAGAGGCGAGGAGACACAGCGGCCGACACGCUCGUCGUCCGAGAGUAUAUGUUCCAGACCUGGUUCAAGCAUACCUAGCUCACCGGGUCACACCAUAUAUGCAAAAGUAGACAAUGAGAUCCUUGAUUACAGGGAUUUAGCAGCCAUUCCCAGGGUCAAAGCCAUUUAUGACAUUGAGCGUCCAGAUCUAAUCAACUAUGAGCCACUUUACACCACCUCACUGGAUGAGUCAGAGGAGAGAGAGAGUGUGGGAGAGCUGCAGAGCUCCAGGAGAGAGUGUUCGCCUAUGCCAGAAGACAGAACCAGGUCACCCACACCAACUGCUGAGGGUUACUACGAGAUGAGAGAACGAAUACUCCAUCGGUCGACAAGUCAGGGCUCCAUUGGCUCGCCCAUUUACAACCGCCACAAUUACACUCCCACCCUGUCACGCUCACCACAGCACUUCCACAGGCCCGGCGCUGAGCCGUCCAGUGGUCGGAGUUCCCCAGGGGCCAGCAGCCCUCCUCUCCUUCUGACUCCUAAACAUUUUCACCUGCCAGAUCAAGGAGUAAACAUCUACAGAAAACCCCCUAUCUACAAACAGCACGAUUCAGCUGCCUUUGCAGCCCAGAGCAAGUCUGCUGAUGACAUCAUCAAAUCGGCCAAAUUCCCCUCGGCGUACACCCCUGGUCCAGACUACCCAGCAAAGAUAGAGACAGACUGCUGGUCCUUCCCGAUCUCCCAUGCUGCCCUAGGUACUGUGGUCACCCAUGAUACAUCUGUUCCCACAGUCUCGGUGCUUCUGCCUUGUUCGAGUUUACCCAAAAUCAACAAUUUCCCAUCAUUUACUCACCCACAUGUUUUUUAGGCUCUGU